CAACUCUUUAGUUGACGGCUUUGAAUUAUAAAAGACUGGUGUAUUGGAAGUACAAAGUGUGAAAAACGCAUAGCGUUUCCAUCUGUUUUUGAAGAUGAUUUUUCGUAGAAAUGGGAAAUCUAAGUUUCCGGAGGUCUACUAUGAAGUGCACAAACCAGAAAUGGAUUCUUCUUUCAUUAGUAGCUGCUUGGGGCUCAGUCUGUAAUAGCCGACCCUGAGACGGGUGCACGUCAAAGCAAUCUGGCCACAAACGAAAAUGAAAAUUUGGAUGUCAAGACGAUGAUGGACCUAUUUAACAAAGGGUUAACUUUAUCUCGUUUUCUGCCAUGUCUAGGCAAUAGAUAUACCACUAAUGAGCAGUAUUCAUGGAUCACUUAUCACGAGGUUGAUGAAAGUAUUCAGGCAUUUGGAUCAGCACUUAUCGAAGUUACAAGUCAGUGUUCAGAAUGCGAAAAGUUUGUAGGUGUGUAUGGUCGAAAUUCGCCACAGUGGUUUAUCACGCAGUACGCGUGUUUCAGCUACUCGUUUACCGUCAUUCCCCUGUAUGCCACUUUAGGUGAUGAAGGACUUCAACAUAUUCUUACUCAAACUGGACUAACCACAUUGAUGUGUUAUUCAGCUGAUCUGGCCAAGAGACUUCUACAGAAAUGUAUAUCAUCAUUGAAAUUCAUCAUUAUAGCUAUCCAGGAUCAACAUUUUGAAAAUCUUAAAAUUCAAUAUAGUUCUUCAGUGAAGAUUUUUUCUUUUGAUGAAUUCCUGGAUCUAGGGCGAAAAGCUUUGAAACCGAAAAUUCCACCUACUCCGAAAGACCUUUGUCUCAUCUGUUACACCAGUGGCAGUACCGGUCUUGCAAAAGGAGUCAUGAUUACACAUGAGAGUUUGGUAGAUACUGUUUGUUCUACAGUAGAAUCUACAGAAGGAAAGCUGUACUGCCGAAAUUCUGUACACUUCUCUUACUUACCUUUUGCCCACAUUAUGGAACAGGUUUCUUCUUCUGUCGCUAUUUUGUGUGGAGCACAAAUCGGAUUUCUCACAGGAUCAGUUACGGGUUUAUUGGAUGAUGCUAAAGCACUGAAACCUACUGUUAUUCCUGCGGUUCCACGUGUGUUGUCACGCAUAUACGAGAAAUACCAAUCACAACUUGGCGACUCACUUCUAAAACGGCAUCUAUUUAACUAUACUUUGAAACGUAAUUUAAGAGUUCUUAAUAGUGGCAAAAUAAACCAUGGAGACAUUCUUGAUACACUCUUUUUCAAAAAGCUUCGAAUGGCUCUUGGUGGAAGAGUCUGUAUGAUAAUUACUGGCGGUGCACCGAUUUCGCCAAAUGUGUUCAAUUUUUUCCGUGCUGCUUUCAACGGCCUUAUCGUUGCGGGAUAUGGAUCGACGGAAAUCUCUGGUGUAGCCAGUUUAACUGUGUUAGGAGAAUGUAAUACAGAUCACGUCGGUGCCAUCACUUCCAGAAUACAAGUAAAACUUGCUGAUGUGCCUGAUCUAGGUCUUUCAGUUCGGAGACACAACAGAGGCGAGAUAUGCGUCAAAGGAAAACGGUGUACCAAAGGUUAUUACAAAGACCCACAAAGUACAGCCGACCUCAUUGAUUCGGAUGGUUGGCUGCAUACGGGAGAUAUCGGAGAGUGGACUUCAGAAGGUGCCCUAAAAAUUGUUGAUCGUGUGAAGAGUAUGUUUAAAUUAGCUCAAGGAGAGUAUGUAGCUCCAGAAAAGGUAGAAAUGGUGUAUCAGGGUUGCCAGCUUAUAGAUCAAAUCCUGGUUGACGGAAAACCUGACCAAAAUUUUCCUGUUGCUGUUGUGACUCCAAAUUUCUCGAACCUGCGUUCUUGCAUUCAUCAGUGUCUUGCCAGUAACAGUAACUCGAGUGAAAGUGAACUGCUCACUUUGAAAACGUCAGACCUUUCUCAGUUAUCUGAUGGUGAUUUAUGUCAGAACAAAGAAAUUCGCUGGUUAGUUUUACAGAAAAUGAACGAAAUCGCAUCAAAUAAAGGAUUAAAAGGUUUUGAAAAAGUGAAAUCUGUUUACCUAACUGAUUAUCCUUUCACCACCGAGAAUGGAUUUCUAACUCCUACUAUGAAAAUAUCACGUCAAAGAGCCCGUCAACACUUUAAAUCUGUCAUUGAGAUGUUGUAUGCAGAAACAGAUUUCAUCAAGACCAGUUCAUAAAUUACUACAGAAAUAGUAGUGAUCAUUAUCAUUAUAAUAAUAAAGAAAGUAACGGAAUGAAA